GUGCCGCUAUGCUACUGUAUGUUAUCCAUAAGUCGCUCAGUUGCAGUGCAGCUUCCGACCACAUGAUGGCGGUAAUGAGUCAGUCAUUUUUUUUUAAACAAGCUCACAGACGACCAGAAGAAGACUUUCAACUACAACUAGCGAUGGAGAAGUUUUUUAAAACGGAAAAAAAUGAAGACAAAAGUGGUGCCAGUCCUCCCCAAAGACUACAUUUUUACUGAGGAGCAUCGCCGAUGGCUUCUAUCUGCCUUAAAAGACCAAGUAGAACACCACCCUGGGAGAGAUGUACGUAAACGUCACAAGAGAGAUGGCAGCGAUGCCAAAGUGUGGAAACUCCACUGGUGGAGUGGAAUGUCCCCGAGUUCACGAUGAAUCAUAGGAUGAACAAGCUGUCCCUCGCUGCUUUAUGGUCCUCUUCGGCGUCGUAAAGACAACCUUUGACCCUGACGCAUUUAUAAGAAGCAGGGAUAGACUCCAUGCAGCUGCUACCAAGCAAAAGAUUUCCCAGCAGACCUUCACUGUGAUGGAGAUGCAACAAACUGGGGAAUGUCCCGCGUUAGGACAGACGUGGCUGUCGUCCAACACAAGAGGUUUCCAUGGCGACAGCGUGCGCUUCAAGGCCAAGCUGAUCGGUGUGGACAUGGUACCCAGCGCCGGUGGUGACAAGAUGUGCAGAGACUCCAUGAGUAAGCUGAAGCACAUGGAGGCAGCUGCAAGAAAACAGGGCAAACACAAGCAAAGAGUGUGGUUGAAAGUCUCAGGCGGCGGCUUUAAGAUUGUGGACGAACGCACCGGGGCUGUCCAACAUGAACACGAGAGGAGUAAGAUCAGUUCACUAGUCAAAGACAAGUGGGACCUAAGAGCUUUGGCAUACAUCUACCAAGAAGAAGACAUCUACAGCCUCUUCUACGUCAAGAUGGCCCACCUGGCGGAGCCUGUCCUGGACAAAAUAAGGGAGAUUUUUGAGAAAACGGAUGAAGGGUUGCCAGAUUGUUGCACACAGAUUUCGCAGGUCUCUGAGCAGACGGAAGAUUCCAUCUAUUUGGCAGAGCCGCUCUCGUCCAUCUGGUCCUCAUCAGUCAGUCCCCCAGAAUCUCAACAGCAGACAAAGUCCGACUGUCAGAUUUUCUCCACGUUCCCCACACAGCCGUUAGAGGGCGCUCUGUCACACUUUCACGGCACUAUGUCAUGGGGUCAGCAGGGGCUUCAGCAGGAGAUCCACAGUGCAAGUCCAGCUGUGCCGGAUUGGACCACCGUGACUGUAAACAUGUCCCCGAGUGGACCAGGGGGCUCUCAGUCCACGGUUGGCAUGAGAAAGGAUAAAGAACACCCGGCAGCAACCAUCACUUUCCAACCAACACACCUCAUUCAAAUAAGUGAUACCUUGUCUGAUUUAUGCACGGCAGGAAACACUCAGGAGUCGCACUGUUAA